AUGUCCCCGUCAAAGAGACAUCGCCCGCGCGUUCCUUUAGACAAGCGAAAAAGGGCCGUACGCGCAUGUCUUUCUUGCAGAGAAAGCAAGAAGAAGUGUGUAAUGAUCUCGGGGUAUCAAUGCCAAGAGUGCACACGGUAUGGCCUCAGAUGCACUUUUGAGCCGAUUCUAGAAGAUCCCGGCAAUCACUUGUGCGACGUUGUGUCGGAACCACAUGGAUCGACGGUGUGGGAUAAACUGGCAAUAGACGUUUCCCGAAGGUUACGGGAGGAAUAUCCAGACAUCAAGCUCAAUUCUGAACAAUUCUCAAUUGUUUCAAAUCUUUUCAGCGAAGCUGUCCAGGAGCGUGGACCAAUCUUAUUUCCCCAAAGCGAUAGCUCUAUUGAACAAUCAUCUACAGCUUUGGGGCAGGUUCCUCAACCCAGAGUUGUGUCGGGGUUCGAAGUGAGCGACCUGCCAGUCAGAGGGGUCAAAGAUCAUGCGCCUUCAGCAUCCCAUGCUAGCUUUCUGGCUGCUGUUUCAGAAACUAUCCCCCCAGUUUGCUCAACAGAUGAAGACGAUCGCUCCUAUACUAGUAGCCUCGCCCAGGAAGACGACGCAUUUCUCAUCAACAAUAUCAUUGACCAAAUUCCUCCUCGCGAGGUUUCUGAAGCUUUGGUUACUUUAUUUUUCACAUUUCUGGAGAGCAACUGGUACUAUUUCGACGAGAAGAGAUUCUGGGGAUUGCUUACCCAUUUGUACGCUGAUAGAGCUUCUGCGCAGCAACUGCACCCUACCGAUGUUUGCCAAGUCCUUCUAGUCUUGGCUCUUGCGAGCACAUUCAAGCACUUGGCCGAGCCAUUCGAGUUUGCGAAUGGAGAGCGAGAUGUUCCAGGAAGCAAGCUCUUCGCGAAUGCCACCAGGCUAUUGUCAAGAGUAAUUGCAGCGAAUUCUGUCGAGAGCGUGACAUGUUUCCUCUUGAUGUCGCUAUACCUGCUUGCCACUGACGACAUUGAGCACCACCAUAUUUAUCUGGGAUUGGCCCUAAACCAAGCAGUUGGCCUGUCAAUGCAUCGUGCAGGGGUAAAGGCCGAAGAGACGCCAGAAGCUCGAGAGGUCAAAGGCCGAAUCUUUUGGACUGUCUACACUGUUGAGCGUCUGACGUCUGGUGUCAUGGGCCUUCCAACAAUGCUCCAAGUCAAGGACAUCAGCGUUUCGCUGCCACAGAAGCGAAAAGAUCUAGAUGGAGAUAGCGACCAAGCUGUAGAUCGCCUGAUUGCGAUAAUAAAGCUGACCAUGGGGAUGGACGAGAUUAUAAAUGAAGGGCCCAUUGAAAAGCGUGCGAGUACAUAUGAGUGGGCCUUGUUCAAAAUGGAAUCCCUCAGAACGCCGGCUUCGAUGGGUGUCUCCAAGACCCUGGCAUCGUCGUUCCGAGCCGAUGCCCACCUACAGAUAAUCUACCAAAUGAUUUGGGUAAGCCUUGGUCGCAGUGCCACAUUACGUACUGUUCGCCAAUCGCUUCAACCUACGUCUGUCUUGAUGUCUCCGGGAGACCAAGAAGCACAUCUCAGAUCACAGAACUUGGUUGAACACUGCAGAGAGGCAGCCACAACAAUCAUUGACUGGAUUAGUCAGUUGCAUCACCGCGGCCUACUCGCCAAAUAUUCGUUCACAGAUUUCCAUACAUGCAGCUCUGCCACUAUUAUGCUCCUUCUGUACUCUAUCCUUGAUCCCAAUCAUGAUUCAUUACCCAUAACACAAGGCAUAAAUGCUCUGCAUUUUAUGGCCGAAGGUAGUAGAUUGGCCAUGAACGCACUACGACUUAUCAGACGCCUACAAGAGACCAUUCAAAAGUCUAUUGGUGUUAACAUCUCUGGCUCUGCAAUUAGCCAGGCUUCAUUAUCGCAGAUGGCAUCGAGUCAGGAUUUAUCUGAGACUCAGACUAUUGAUGGCUGUAGAAACAUUUCCUAUGAUUCUACUGGAAACUAUGAAUCUCAUGUUUUACCUAACAGCCCAAGCUUGUUUCCGGAUUUAGAACCAUGGUUACUGGAGUACUCCGAUCCGUACUCAAUGAUGUUCGGAUUUGAUGGCUCUUGCUCAGCAUUUAAUACAGACACUCCUUACGUAUAA